AUGUCGAGCCCCAUUACAAAAGAUAUCAAUACUGUGCCUCAGUCCGAUAUCGAAAUCCUCAACCAAGAAAUAGACGAAGACGAAGGCCAAUACCGCAUUCGGGCCGGCAACCGCGUGCAUUAUGUUACAAUUCCUGGCCAUGCGAGCCCCAACCCUAUUUUCGAUGAAGAUACGCUCUGUCGACCAUAUCUUCUCGUUCCAAAGCUUCCCCCAUUCCCGGACGAAGAUUGGACGAAGAUGAGCCUUUCUCUCGGUCCGGAUGGCAGCGUUCAAUCGGAUAUUUCUUUCGAACCGUUGGACGAGGUGAAAUCCACCUGGCACCCACAGCAUAUCGACGUACUUUUGUUGAAGCGCAUCAAAUAUCACAAGCAGCGCGUUCGAGAAGUCGAAUAUCAAGGGAAAAUUGCAAUAUCCAAGAUUGCCGUUCUCCAGUGGCUCGUUCCACAAAUUGAGCACGAGACUAGGGUGUACCAAGCUUUGGCCAAGUUGCAAGGCGCUGAUGAGGCGCGAUUGACCCCUGAGGUUUUGGGACAUCUUUUUGAGGGAGGCAGAAAUGUCGGGCUUCUCUUGGAAAAGAUAGAGGGCGAUUAUGCGACACCAGCGGAUCUGCCUAAAUGCGAGGAGGCUUUGCGCAAAUUGCAUAAGCUGGGUUUCGUUCAUGGAGACGCCAAUCGCUACAACUUCAUUGUCGAGCGAUCGACUGGGAACGUCAAGAUGAUUGAUUUCGAGCACGCUAAGAAAUAUGAUGAGAAGAAGGCGAGGGCUGAAAUUGAGGAACUGGCAUCUGAGUUGACAGAUGAGUCAGGGCGAGGUGCGCCAGCGACUUUCAUGUAUCAUUAG